UAACUACAUUUCCAUUUGGGCUGUCAAAGAGACUGUACAUGGGGCUGUCAAGAGACUAUCCAGAUAGAGUGAUGCAUCGAUCUGAAACGUCCAAAUAAAUUUCCUCAGAGUCAAACUUCACUUCGAACUGAUGUGGAACGAUCUUACAGGGAGGAAUAAGAGAGAAGAAGCGUGGGCUGACACCAGGAGGAGCAGAGACUGGACCUGUAUGUAAUGAAGCCAUGAGAGACCUGAUGUUUACGCUUUGAGGUUUGCAGCUGAGAUCAUUACCACACCCCAAUGUUACAUCAACUUGUCCACUGAAUGUAUUUCUAUGCAUAUGAUACCCGCAACGUAGUCUGGAAUCAACACGCCUGGGCCUCUUCUCUGGGAAAUCCACUAAGGCUGAUGCAGAGAUUAGACAUGAUAGCAUGGUGUUAAAGUGUGAAAGUAAGAUUUUAUAUCAACAUUAUGUAAUGUAACAUAGACAGCAGUGUGUAAGACCUUUGAAAAUAUCCCAGUAGCCACUCCACUCACACAGGUAAAGGUAAACCAGGUGGGUGGGACAUGUGGCUUUAUGGUCAGGUGUGUCUGUGUGUGGGGGAUCAGACCAUCCACCCCCCCGUCAGUGAGCAGAGCUGCAGUGAUGGCCCAGGUCAAGGUAGCAGGAGACACAGCAACAAGCCACCAGGACUGUGCAGAGGUUUACUCUGAUAUGGCUACUGUCAGCUCCAGUGCAGAUAUAGGAGAGUCUGUGAGGAAGGGCUCUUUGUGUGAGACCUCCAUGGCUGUCAGCCUCGGCAGGAGGAACAGGGCCUACCCCUCCCCUGCCAGGAGACGCCACCGCACCACCUUUAGCCAUAAGCAGCUGGAACAGCUGGAAGUGGCCUUUGGACAAAACCAGUAUCCUGACAUCUACUACAGAGAAGAGCUGGCCCGUAUUACCAAGCUGAACGAGGCUCGCAUACAGGUUUGGUUUCAGAACAGAAGAGCCAAACAGCGGAAGCAGGAACGGGCCUCACACAAAGUUCUGUCAGUGGGUGUUUUGCCAGGCCACAGGGCGCUGCUGGGAGGCAUGCAUGUCCAGCCGCCCAGCAUGGCUCGACAGUACUACACCCAGCCCCUGGCUCACAUACCCCGCCUCUCCCCCAUGCUGCCCUCGGGAGCUUAUACCCGCCACCCGGGCCCAGUUAGCCAGUGCCCGUGCCCAAGUGUCCCACCACCACAGGCCACCCAGAGGCAGCAUGAAGACUGGUACAGCCCGCUGAGGAGCAACCUCGCCUCCCCCAUGUUCUCACUGGCCUCCAUGCAGCCUCUGGACCCUGCCCCACACUGGAGCUAAGAAGUAACAAAGUCAAAUACAUACAGUACAUAGACAAAAGUGUUUUUGAAUCUAUUCAGCUGAAGAUAAUUGAGUGAUCAUGCAUGCUGAUUUUCAUCUAACACACUGUGAUCACAGUUUUGAAUCUGCACCUAAAAUGUUCACACCUAUUUUUCUCUCAGUCUUUGUGUAAUCCUCACCAUUGACAUAAUUCAUGCACAGGUUUUAUUUUGACAUUCUCAGCAGGUCUUUCAAACUCAUUCAGUCUGUUUUUCACAGGUUUGCACAGGAGCAUCAUUUCACCAGCUCAGAAUAUUAUUAGAACUAAGAUAGUUGUGAUAUACUGAUAUUGAUGAUAAUCAUGAUAUUCAUAAAAUGAAAUAUCAAACAGCCCUUCCUAAAUCAUUUCCACUUUUUUGUGGUUCAUGCUCAGUGUAAUUGUUCUUUUUGUCUACCUUCAUACAGUUACUGUUACAGACUCUCUUCACCUGCCUGCACUCGUAUUUUGAGAGUAAUUCAUUUUGUCUUAAAGAGACAAGAAAUAACAUAAUAAUUAAAGAUAUACUGGACUAACAGUAUUUUUGGCUUUGAUAAUUCUGUACUAAAAAUCUGAUACUGUGACAGCCCAAAUUUGAACCUAUACAUUGUGUAUUAAAAUAUACUAUGCCUGUAAAUUGCCUUCGGUAUCGUUCUCCUCACAUACACACUUUUUUUUUUUUUUUUUUUUUUA